CCCCCCCCCUCCUCCUUCCCUCUUUCACUGUAAGGUCUACCUGUUGUAUUCGGCGCAUGCGAUUUGAUCUUAUUUUCGUGGCCAGAUUUUGGGCCAGAUUUGUUUUGCCUCUUGCUCUCUGCACUCACGCAUGUGCAUCCGAAUUUUACGUCAUCUAGAUUCUACUGAAAGCUUCCGAAAGCGACGUGGCUCCUCUUAGCUACGUCAGUGCCUAGCUACUUCAUCUAUUUAUUCUCAGAGAUAUUCGUUUGGACGCGUUGAUAUAGUAACGUAGCUCGGACGAACCAUCAUGGACCAGGUUAUGCAGUUCGUUGAGCCCAGUCGGCAGUUCGUCAAGGACUCCAUAAGGCUCGUUAAGAGGUGCACCAAACCAGACAGGAAAGAAUUCCAGAAGAUCGCCAUGGCAACAGCGAUUGGGUUUGCCAUCAUGGGCUUCAUUGGGUUCUUUGUCAAGCUCAUCCACAUCCCCAUCAACAACAUCAUUGUGGGCGGCUGAACCUCUGGAGGUGUGAUACAAGUACAGAACUACAAUACCCAGUGACCUGAGACAGUGGGGAAACGUGGAAUAGUGGUGGUGGGGGGGGUGAAGGGAUGUGAUUUUUGUUUUUACAUUGUGUGCAUUGUUUAUUUGGCUGUGUUAAUAAAUUGAAGAAAAAGCUG